AUGUCGGCCUGCAGGCAAAAGAAGCACACUGCAAACUUUCAAAUUCUGGGAGUAGAGAAUUAUCCUAUCACCUGCAGGAGCUUUAAAUUUUCUAGCCAAUCAGAGAAAGCGGGCGUGACAAGGGGCGUGUCUUUCUGUGUUUCAACCCUCAGAGCUUGGGCUGUACCAAUAGCACGCCAGAGGAAGGAGGCUUAUUGUGGUGGCGGAGCAUACCAAGCCGCGCAGACGAGUGGAUGUGGGGGGAAGGGACGGAGACUGCAGCUGGGCCGCGCGUGGAUUAGUGUCACCAAUCGCGUCUCUGAAGAUUUAUAUUCAAGACCUUGCUUCCAACGCAGACUCCCUCCUCUCUAG